AGGCCCCAGGGCCCGUGCCCAGCGGCGUGCGCGCGGCGGCGGCCCCGCCGCGAGAGGUCAGACGGGCGCUCCGAGCGCCUUCUGCACGAUGACGGGCGCCAUCGGGCAGCAGCAGAUGGCCGCCCGCCCGUACUCGCUGCCGCAGGUGCCGUUCCCAAGCUACUUCCACAUGGUGUCCGUGGCCGACCCGGUGAGGUCCUCGCUCGGCACGCGGGGCUGCCCGCUCGGCGGCCCGAUGGGCGGCCGGCUUGGCCCGGUGGGCUGCGCGCAGGUGGGCCACUCCGUGGGCACCCUCGGCUGCCCAACGUCGUUCCCCGUGAGCAUGUCCCCGGCGUUCCCGCUGGGGGCCCCGCCGUACCUCCUGGCCCAGCCCAUGCAGCCGAUGGCGACGGCGGGGCCGUCGCCGUC